CGUGUUUGACCGACGCCGCGCCGGGCUGGCGGCCGGCCAGGCGGCGGAGGGGCGAGACGGCGCCCUCCCGGAGGGUGGCCCAGCGUCCGCAGUGCCUCUCCGACUUCCGACCGAACAGCACCGGCACGUAGCACCCGCCGACACACCGACACACCUACCGAUUCAGCAUGGCAGACCUGCAGUGGGCUCCCGGCUCGGCUGGCUCGGUGCCUGACGGCGCCGUCGAGGUGGACGGCGCUUAUGUCGGACGCGCCCACCACGACCAGGGCGUCAUCGUCGGCCCCGUGGUCUGCGCUGAGUCCUGCUGCAUGAUCGGCUACUGCGGCGAACAGUUCAACAAAGACGAGUACGAGGUGCUGCUGGAGCCCACGGACGGCCGUCGCCUCCGCUGGGAGCCCUGUGACGGCUCCAACAUGCCCGAGGGAGCCGUCGAGGCUGGCUACCUUUGCUCCGGUCACAAACUCUACGUGACGCGCGCCAAAAAGGACGACAAAUUCAUCAUCGGACAUAUGAACACCACACACUGCGUCUGCUGCAUUCCCUACCAGGGCGCCUCCUGCGACUGCACAGACUUCCAGGUGCUGGUCGCCUACAGCGUGUAGCCGCUUCACCCACUAUCGCCUGUUUGAACGAGAGGAGCCUCUCUGCAGGAGAACCGGCCAGUCGCCUCUUCACUGCCUCACUGCAACAUUCAUGCAUCGAGCUUUUAUGUGCCGCCGAGAAUAAUAAUACGCCUUGUUUCGCAGUUUGUAUAAGGAUUUGCAAGUGCAGACGCGACAAAUUUGUGCUUUCUGUGCCAUUAGAUGUGCAAACAGCGUCUAGACCGAUGCCACUGGCCCUUGCUAUGUUGUCCCAGGAGGCUUUGCAUACAUGUGUAUGUUUCUACCACGUAGCGAUUUCGUAAUAUAAACAGCGGCGGCGGCGUUCACGGUCAUGAUAUCAUCAAUAAACUGUGCUGGCUUGGC